AUAGCGCCCCGGCUGUCUGCUCCCAGCUGCAAGAUGGCUGCCCUUGACAGCAAGAUCUUUGGCAACAAGAGGGUGAUUCAUGGCAACCAAGUGGCCACCAUUGACAGCAAGAUGGCUGAUCUUGAUGGCAACAUGGCUGUCCCUGGCAACAAGAGGGUGACCUUUGGCAACAAGAUGGCCGCCCCUGAUAGCAAAAUGGCGGUCUCAGGUAGCAAGAGGGUGACCUUUUGUGGCCACAUAGCCACCAUUGGCAGCAAGAUGGCUGCCCCUGGCAACAAGAGGGUGGCCUCUGGCAACAAGAGGGGGCCCUUCAUCAACAAGAUGCUUGUCCUUGAUACCAAGAUGGCUGCCUCUGGUAAUAAGAGGGUGACCUUUGGCUACAAGACAGCUGCCCUUGGUGGCAAGAUGGUUGCCCCUGACAACAUGAGGGUGACCUUUGGCAAUAAUAUGGCUGCCCUCGGUAACAAAAUGGCUGCCCUAAGCCCCUUGCCCCCGGGCCACCGUGGCCUCCUGGCCCCGCUUUGGUGGCCUGGUCUCCUGCUGCUGCUCCUGCUGCCGCCCCUGGGCCAUGGGGCCACCUUCAAGGUGGGCGUGGUGGGCCCGUGGAGCUGUGACCCCCUGCUGACCCGGGCCCUGCCCGAGCUGGCGGCCAAGCUGGCUGUGACCCGGCUCAACAAGGACCCGGCUGUCAACCGGGGCUUCUGGUUCGACUACGUGGUGCUGGACGAGGCCUGCCACCCAGCGCAGGCCGUGGCCGGGCUGGUGCGGGCUGAGGGCCGUGCCUCAGGCUUUGUGGGCCCUCUCAACCCGGCGGCCUGUGGCGCGGCAGGGCUGCUGGCUGCCGCCUGGAACAAGCCCCUCUUUUCCUGGGGCUGCCUGCGGGGCGAGCCGUGGCUGCGCGGUCCCGUGGCCUGGCCCCUGCCGCCAGCCCCCGCCGUGCUCUACGCCGUUCUGCGCUUCUUCCGCUGGGCCCAUGUGGCCGUGGUCUGCUCCCAGCAGGACCUGUGGCGUGAGGCCGGGCGCGGCCUGGCUGAUGCACUCCGGGCCCGGGGGCUGCCCGUGGGCGUUGUGGCCACCAUGGAGCCCCACGCUGAGGGUGCCCGCACCGCCCUGCGCCAGGUGCAGGCGGCCGACAAGGUCCGAGUGGUGGUGAUGUGCAUGCACUCAGUGCUGCUGGGCGGGCAGGACCAGCGCCUCCUGCUGGAGGCAGCAGCUGACCUGGGGCUGGCAGACGGGGGCAUGGUCUUUGUGCCCUAUGACGCGCUGGCCUACAGCCUGCCCUACCGCGCCGGCCCCUUUGCCACGCUGACCAACAGCUCCAAGCUCCGACGCGCCUACGACGCCGUCCUCACCAUCACCAUCGACUGCCCCGAGCGCUCCUUCCACGAGGCCUUCCGUGACGCCCAGCGUGGCUAUGAGGUGCCCACCCACAUCGACCCUGAGCAGGUGCACCCGCUCUUCGGCACCAUCUACAACUCCAUCUACUUCCUGGCCAUGGCGGUGGAGCAGGCACGCCGGGCCGGGCGCUGGGUGAUGGGGGCCAGCGUGGUGGCCCACGCCCGUGCCUUCCAGCUGGAUGGUUUCUGCCAGCCGGUGGCGGCUGGGGAGGAUGGGGCGGCGCACAUGGCCUACGUGGUCCUGGACUCGGAGCCCCGCGGCGCCCGUCUCUGGCCCACCUUCCGCCUGGACCUGGGCAGCCCUGGCCUGCGCUACCUGGGCCACCCCAUCCACUGGCCCCGUGGCACCGGGCCUGGCACCGACCCUGGCUGCUGGUUCAACGCCAGCGCCCUCUGCUCCGGGGGUGUGGACCCCACUUUUGUGCUGCUUAUGUUCAUCCUGGUGUGUGCACUGAUCCUGGCAGGAGCAGCCAUUGCCUACUACAUCCGGCGCCGGAUCCAGCAUGGCCAGCUGAUGAAGGGCCCCAACAAAAUUGUCCUGACCAUGGAGGACCUGACGUUCAUCAAUACCCAGAGCAGCAAGAAGAAGCUGGAUGAGAGCCGGACCAGUCUGGCGGGACGCAGCGCCUCGGACACCAAGAGCGUGAAGAGCUUGGGAGCCACACCUGAGACCACCAACGUGGCUGUCUCCGAGGCUGUGGAGAAGCACCCCGGGACCAUCCAGGCCCCCCUCUUCCUCCUCCUACUUAGCCACUACGGCCUGGUGGCCUCCUGGCAGGGCGACUGGGUCUGGCUUAAGAAGUUCCCCGGAGAGACACACCCAGAGAUCCGGCCCGCCACCAAAAUGGCCUUCUGCAAGCUCCGGGACCUGCGCCACGAGAAUGUGAACCUCUUCCUGGGCUUCUUCCAUGACUGUGGGGUGCUGGCCGUGGUGUCAGAGCACUGCUCUCGUGGGAGCCUGGAGGACCUGAUCCGCAACGAGGACAUGAAGCUUGACUGGAUGUUCAAGUCCUCCCUGCUCCUCGACCUCAUCAAGGGCAUGAAGUACCUGCACCACCGGGAGGUCAUCCACGGGCGCCUGAAGUCACGGAACUGCGUGGUGGAUGGGCGCUUCGUGCUCAAAGUCACAGACCAUGGCUACAGUGAGCUCCUCGAGGCCCAGAAGGUCCCACGCCAGCCACCCCGGGCCCAAGACCUGUUCUGGACAGCGCCGGAGCUGCUGCGCGACCCAGGGCUCCAGCGCCGUGGCACGUUUCGGGGGGACAUCUACAGUGUUGCCAUCAUCAUGCAGGAGGUCAUCUGCCGCUCCACCCCCUUCUGCAUGCUGGACAUGGCCCCCAAAGAGAUCAUCCGGAAGGUGGAGCGCCCACCCCCGCUGUGCCGGCCGUCGGUGUCCGUGGACCAGGCGCCCAUGGAGUGCAUCCAGCUGAUGAAGCAGUGCUGGAGUGAGCAGCCUGAGCGCCGGCCCACAAUCGACCAAAUCUUCGACCAGUUCAAGACCCUCAACAAGGGGCGGAAGACAAACAUCAUCGACUCGAUGCUGCGCAUGCUGGAGCAGUACUCCUCCAACCUGGAGGACCUCAUCCGGGAGCGCACAGAGGAGCUGGAAAUCGAGAAGCAGAAGACAGACAAGCUCCUCACUCAGAUGCUUCCCCCGUCGGUGGCAGAAGCGCUGAAGACGGGGGCAGCAGUGGAGCCUGAGUACUUUGAGGAGGUGACACUCUACUUCAGUGACAUUGUGGGCUUCACCACCAUCUCAGCCAUGAGUGAGCCCAUUGAGGUGGUUGACCUGCUCAACGAUCUUUACAGCCUCUUCGAUGCCAUCAUCGGCUCCCAUGACGUCUACAAGGUGGAGACAAUUGGGGACGCCUACAUGGUGGCCUCCGGGCUACCCAAGCGCAAUGGGAACCGGCACGCGGGCGAGAUCGCCAACAUGGCCCUGGACAUCCUCAGUGCCGUUGGGUCCUUCCGCAUGCGCCACAUGCCCGAGGUGUCCGUGCGCAUCCGCAUUGGCCUCCACUCCGGGCCUUGCGUGGCUGGAGUGGUAGGGCUGACCAUGCCCCGGUACUGCCUUUUCGGGGACACCGUCAACACUGCGUCCCGGAUGGAGUCCACUGGCCUGCCUUACCGGAUCCAUGUGAGCCUCCGCACAGUACAGAUCCUGCGUUUGCUUAAUGAGGGCUUCAAGCUGGAAGUUCGGGGCAAGACUGAGCUUAAAGGCAAGGGCACGGAGGAUACGUACUGGCUGGUGGGGCGAGAAGGCUUCCACAAGCCCAUCCCGACGCCCCCCGACCUGGUGCCUGGGGCGAGCAACCAUGGCAUCAGCCUGGCGGAGAUCCCUGAGGAGCGCCGGAAGAAGCUGGAAAAGGUGCGGCCGGGCUUGGCGAAGUAGGCCAGGCUGCGCGUAGCCAGGCGGAGCCAGGGCAGCUGGAAGAGGCAAGGAGACCUGAGUGGAGGCUCCAGGCACACCCCCCACCAUCACACCAGCAUGGGAUUGGAAACCAAGCAGCCAACCACGGGUGCUGCCUCCUGCCCUGUCCUCCUUUCUAUGGACUGUUCCUGCCUUCCCAGGUGCAUUGUGGGACAUUGGCAGACCUGGAAUAGGCUCCUGACUCUGUCCCAGGCCCCCAGGUACAUUAUGGGAUGCUCACCUACCUGGAAUAGGCUCCUAAGCAGGGAUUAUUAUUUGUCUGUGGACAAAAAUUAGUGGGGUUUUUUUUUAAAGGGCUCGACACUCAGGAAGUGCAACAAGCAACCUUAAAGUGGAAGCUUCUAAUUACUGUGUUAGCCGCCCCCCCUGCCCCAGCUGCCAUAUGGGCAGGGUCAGUGAUUAUCAGGGGAUGGGCUCAAAAUACUUGGGGGGUGGGGGGAACAGGGCAUCGCUUUUAAAGGGAUGUUGCAAUUCAAUUGUGGACCAAAGGCAACCUCCCUCCUUGAAGGGGUGGCCACCCACAGUAACUGACCCACAGUUGGACGUAUUGAGCUGCUAUUAAAUUCUGCCCGGUUUAAAGGAA